GUUGUACUUCGUUUUCAACGUUACUUUUAUGGAUCAAACGUUCCUAUAUUUUCAUAAUGAUUCUGGUUGAUGUAGAGCAUUCAGUUGGAUUCUCUUAGCAUAAGAUAGGAAAUUUGCGGGCUGCUCCAAGGAAUGAGACAUGGAUUACUUUGUCGGUGUUGAUGUAGGAACUGGAAGUGCUCGAGCUGCUCUGGUGUCUUCAAAGGGAAAGAUAGUGAAACUAGCAACAUGCCCUCUUGAAAUUUUUCAUCCUGCUCCUAACUUUUAUGAGCAAUCAUCUGACAAUAUUUGGAGUGCAGUUUGCCAUGUGGUCAAGUCUGUUGUAGCUGAUAUUUCUGCAGAUAGUGUUAAAGGUAUUGGCUUUGAUGCUACUUGUUCAUUGGUAGCAAUAGAUAAAACAGGAUCACCUGUCACAGUCAGUCCAACAGGUGCAGACAAACAGAAUGUUAUAUUAUGGAUGGACCACAGAGCACACAAGGAAACGGAUUUAAUAAAUGAACUAGAUCAUGAAAUGCUUCAGUAUGUGGGUGGAAAAAUAUCAUUGGAAAUGCAGACUCCCAAAAUGCUGUGGCUCAAAAUGAAUCUCCCUUCAUCCUGGAAUCGUGCAACAUUGCUAUUUGAUCUGCCUGAUUUCUUAACAUGGAAAGCAACAGGUUCUGAAUCAAGAUCUUUAUGCUCUUUAGUAUGUAAGUGGAACUAUAACGCUGGUCCAGACGGUAAUAAUAGAUGGAACGACGAAUUUUUUGAGGAGAUUUGUUUGGAAGAUCUUAAGAAGGAUAACUGGAGAAAGAUAGGUAAUGAUGUGAGGACUCCGGGCGAUCCGGUUAACCAAGGACUGUCGGCAAAGGCUGCAUCUGAAUUGGGACUUCUAAAAGGGACACCUGUGGGUACUUCCCUUAUUGAUGCACAUGCUGGAGGGCUUGGUAUGAUAGGCUGUUCUGUACCUGGUGUGUCUAAUAAUUUGCAGAGGAGAUUAGCAUUAAUUUGUGGUACUUCAACUUGCCAUAUGAUAGUUAAUGAGAAGAAACUUUUUGUCAGUGGUGUUUGGGGACCGUAUUUUAGUGCCAUGGUUCCGGGUUUAUGGUUGAGCGAAGGAGGACAGAGUGCAACUGGAAAACUACUCGAUCACAUAAUUGAUACGCACCCUGCGACACCAGGGAUAUUAAAAAGUUUAAGCGGAAAUAAACACAUACAACAAUAUUUAUCUGAAUUAUUGCAAACAAUGACUGAAGAAAACGGUUUAGAAAAUGUUUCUUAUUUGACGAAAGAUAUUCAUGUAUGGCCUGACUUUCAUGGAAAUCGCUCACCUUUGGCCGAUCCAACUCUCAAAGGAAUGAUAUCGGGCCUCUCUUUGACCGUUGAUCAAGAGAAUCUGGCGUUGUUAUAUUUAGCAACAGUACAAGCACUGACGUAUGGUACAAAGCAUAUUUUGGAAACAUUGGAAGCUGCUGGCCAUAGGAUAGAAACCUUAUUAGUUUGUGGAGGUUUAAGCCAGAAUCCAUUAUUUAUCCAGAUACAAGCGGAUGUAUUACAUUUACCUGUGCUAUGUCCUACUGAAAAGGAAUCAGUAUUGAUAGGUGCUGCAAUCCUCGGAUCUUAUGCAGCUGGGAAAUUCAAUACAAUGUACGACGCUGUCCAAACAAUGGGGGGAACGGCAAACAUUGUUAAACCUAAGAGUGAUUGCUACGACUAUCAUAUGAAGAAAUAUCGAGUUUUUCGAAAAAUGGUAAAAGAUCAAGAAGAGUAUAGAGAAAUUAUGAACGAAAAAUUUCAAACUAUAUAG